AUGAUUCCAAUUAAUAAUCAACAAACCGCCGAUAACUCGAACAACCCACAAUCAAAACUAACAAACGUCAAGAAUCAGAAGAAACCAGAUGGGAGUGGAAUUCUUAAAAGAAAUAAGAACGAAAAUCAAGAUCAAGAUGAGUUAAUCCCAACAGUCAAGAAGAUCAAAAAAGAAGAUUUUGGAGUAGAAAACUCGACAUCAGUAGGGAUGAGUGGUGGCAGGAAAUGGAUGUUGAGAACAGAUCUCCAAUCACGUGGCAUCCCAAAACCUUCCGUAUCGUCUCCAAACUAUUCUUCCUCGGCAUUAUUUCCUCCAUUACAAACUACAGAUUCUCAUUCAUCACCAUUAUCUGUUGAGAUGGCACUGGAAUUUCUUAACAUACCGAUCAGCAAUGAAGACGAUAUGAAUGCCGAAGGAAUUGUAAGAGAGAUAAGAGAUUGGCUCUCAUUGAGUCGCUGCUCUCAAGAGUUAUUUCUGUCUCACAUUCUGGAUGUCGAUAAGAGACGAUUCGAUUACGUCAUCGCCUUCCCACAAGAAUAUUUCUCGUUGGCUAGUGGACGGAAGCUAUUCGCCAGAGAGGUCACCCGUCUUGUCCUCCUCCUGUCGACGGUGUUUUCGGUGAUCACCCUUGUCCACCCAUUUGUAGUGGCAUGGCUUUGCUUUGCAAUUUUGCUUGCAUUUCUGGUCGUCGAGCAAGCAUUGGAAGCAGCGCCCCUUGUCCAUGGCGAUGGUUCGUCUCUCGUCCGCCUCUGGGACUGCUGGACAGAGAUCGGAGUAGUGAUACUCUUUGCAGAAUAG